AUGGCUGAAAGGAAUAGCACCAGAGUGACAGAAUUCAUUCUUUUGGGCUUUUCAGUCCAGAGAGAGAUCGAAAUUACUCUCUUCCUCCUCAUUUUAGGUGUAUACAGUCUAACAUUGGUAGGAAAUGUUGGGAUGAUUUCAUUAAUCCGGCUGGACUCUCGACUUCACACACCCAUGUACUUUUUUCUUAGCAAUCUGGCCUUUGUAGACCUUUGUUAUUCCUCAUCAAUAGCCCCCAAGUUCUUGGACACGCUCCUGACCAGGCACAGGUCUAUAUCUUUCUAUGCAUGUGCAACACAGCUGGGCUUUUUCCUGAACUUCCUGAUUUCGGAGAUGUUCCUCCUUGCAGUAAUGGCUUAAGACCGCUAUGUGGCCAUCUGCAAUCCUCUUCUCUACAUGGUGGUCAUGUCCCAGAAGGUGUGCAUGCAACUGGUAUUGGGCCCCUACUUAUACAGCUUCUGUGUUGCUUUGCUCCACACAAUAGUUACUUUCCAGUUGAUCUAUUGUGGCCCCAACCUAAUCAACCACUUCUAUUGUGAUGAUGUCCCUUUGAUGUCCCUGGCCUGCUCAGACACCAGCCUCAAAGAGAUCCUGAUUUUCAUCUUCGCUGGAUUCAACAUGAUCAGCUCUUUGACCACCGUCCUCAUUUCUUACUUAUACAUCGUGGCCGCCAUCUUGAGAAUCCAGUCCACAGAAGGGAGGCACAAAGCUUUCUCCACCUGUGCCUCUCACCUGACCGCUGUGACCAUAUUCUACGGGACCCUGAUCUUCAUGUACCUGCAGCCCAAAUCAAACCAUUCCCUCGACACGGACAAAAUGGCCUCUGUGUUCUACACAAUCGUCAUCCCUAUGCUGAACCCCAUGAUCUACAGCUUGAGGAAUCAAGAGGUAAAGAACGCCCUGAGGAAAGCUGUUGAAAAAUGGUAUCUCCUGCCUCUAAGGAACUUCAAAAAAGGGAUUUCCUGA